UUUGGGUGCCACCUUUCCCCCUUCUUAACUGCCUCUCUCUCUCUCUCCCCAUCUGAACUAUCGCUCUCAAAAGACUCAUAGGACUUUCACUUGAGUUCAAAACAAAUCUACUUCUGCUCUGCGCUCUGCUCAGAUAGCUGCUGCUUUCUGUUUCUGAUUCUGCGUGACCAUUCUUCAUCUUCACGCGUGUUUUUCUCAAUCCAGGUUUCUGGGUUCAUUAUAAUGUUUAUGUAUUGUCUUCAGGGGAGUUCUGCACAGAUUUUGUUCAAUUAGGGAUGAAAUUAUCUCCUACUGAUCCCGUGAAGCUUGUAAAAGAAUAACAGACAAUGAUAGCUGCUGUGUAUAAAGCGUGUGGUGCAGAAGAGAGUAUUGGGAGCUGAACCUUUAAUUUAUGUUAUGCAAUAUGUGUGACUGAGGAAGGAGCUCCCUUGGUGGAUAAUGGCUGGUUUGAUGGAGCUGUUUCCCGAGUUAAUGAAUAGCCUAACAAUCAUGGUAACCAUGCCAUUUUCACUUUGCAAAUUGGCAUUCACGUUUUGCAUGAAAACCAUCUAUAUUGUUAUUCAGACCUGGGUGGAGUUGAUAAAGGCAGCUGUUUCCUUCCAUGUGAAUAUGUUCUGGAAAGCAGUAAUUUGGAUGGUUGCUCUUGUAUCUCUUCCUGUACGAGUGUUGACUGCCUUGCAGAGAGAAAGACAGCUGGAACAGCAUCUGCAUGAGAUGCAGUUUGAGUUGGAGAAUCUUGUUUGGGACAGGAAGGAGCUGGAGGACCAUCUCCAAGCAGCUGUUAGAGAACGCCGAAUUAUGGAGUCAAUGUUAAUAGAACUUGAAGAGGAACAUGACAAGGCUGUUGCCAAGAUUGAACUACUAGUGGGUGAGUUGCAGGAUUUAAAGGAUGAAAACCUUCGGCUGAAGGAAAUUCAAGGUAAAACAGCAUGGAGCCUUAAAGGUCAUGAUGAAACAAACAAAAGCAAAAAUAUCUAUACGGUUGAUGAUCAUGUCAUUUCCUAUAAUAUUGCAUCGUGGAUUUCCAGUUAUAAGGUUAGUGGCAUCUGCUUCCAAGACCUGAUGAUGAGCAGAGAAGGGAAGGAGGGUAAGAGCAAGAGUAAUACUGGAUCGUUCAAUUUCUUAAAAGCUAGCCCUGCACCAAGCGGAUCUGUGCCUGUGCAACCGUUGACGCCCAGUGUUAUUCCAAAUUUAGAUGUCAAUGCCGUCCUUGAACAACGAAGAGAAAUUGCACUUUCACAGACUCGUUUUAGUGCAAUUUUAUCAGUUUUGGUUGGAAUGAUUGUCUGGGAAGCUGAAGAUCCUUGCAUGCCUCUUGUGGUGGCGCUCUUCACUGUUGUUGGCAUGUCGCUUAGAAGUGUUAUUGAGUUUUUCUUCACUAUAAAGAAUAAACCUGCUUCUGACGCAGUUGCCCUCUUGAGCUUCAAUUGGUUCAUACUGGGGACACUCAGCUAUCCAUCACUGCCCAGGGUUGCACGUAUGCUGGCUCCACUGGGCUUGGUCGUCGUGGACCACUUAGCAAGCUGGCUUGGUGUCUCAUUCAACUAGCUUAUAGCUAUCUGUCACUAUAUAUGUGGCACUUCACGUCAUGGCGUACCAUACAACAGACCGCGGAGUUGUAUUGGAAACCGUAUGUUCUCCUAUAGGUUAAAGGUUCAUCCUCUUUUCCUUUCUGGUCUAUUAAUUAUACCAUGUAAACUUGUAUGGUUUUUGUCUUGAUAGACAGGCAGACGUGGAUAAGGACAAUAGCUUAAAAAUACAGCAUUAGCUACU